UUUGAUGCCAAGUCAUCUGUCUUUGUGGCGCAUGCUAAAGAAUCCUAUGUGAAAGGCAGCAUCCAGAGCAGGGAAGGAGGGAAGGUCACAGUCAAGACAGAAAAGGGAGAAAGUCUCACCGUUAAGGAUGAUCAAAUCUUCUCAAUGAACCCUCCCAAGUAUGAUAAAAUUGAGGACAUGGCUAUGAUGACCCAUCUCCAUGAACCUGCUGUCCUGUAUAACCUCAAAGAGCGUUAUGCAGCCUGGAUGAUCUACACCUACUCUGGUCUCUUCUGUGUCACUGUCAACCCCUACAAGUGGCUGCCAGUGUACAACCCAGAGGGGGGCAGGGCAUACAGGGGGAAAAAGCGUCAAGAAGCCCCUCCCCACAUCUUCUCCAUCUCUGACAAUGCCUAUCAGUCCAUGUUAACUGAUCGGGAGAAUCAGUCCAUCUUGAUCACUGGAGAAUCUGGUGCAGGAAAGACUGUGAACACGAAGCGUGUCAUCCAGUACUUUGCAACAAUUGCAGCUAGUGGGGAAAAGAAAAAGGAAGAGCAGCCGCAGCAGGCCGGCAAACUGCACGGGACCCUUGAAGAUCAAAUUAUCAGUGCCAACCCUCUGCUGGAGGCCUUUGGCAAUGCCAAGACUGUGAGAAAUGACAACUCCUCACGCUUUGGUAAAUUCAUCAGAAUCCACUUUGGCACCACAGGGAAGCUGGCUUCUGCUGACAUUGAAACAUAUCUGCUGGAGAAGUCUAGAGUUACAUUCCAGCUCAAGGCAGAAAGAAGCUACCACAUAUUUUAUCAGAUCAUGUCCAACAAGAGGCCAGAGCUCAUUGAGAUGCUUCUGAUUACCACCAACCCCUAUGACUUUCCAUUUGUGAGUCAAGGGGAGAUCACUGUUCCCAGCAUUGAUGACCAAGAAGAGCUGAUGGCCACAGAUAGUGCCAUUGACAUCCUGGGGUUCAAUGCUGAGGAGAAAACAGCCAUUUACAAGCUGACAGGAGCCGUCAUGCACUUUGGGAACCUGAAAUUCAAACAAAAGCAGCGUGAGGAGCAAGCAGAGCCAGAUGGCACAGAAGACCACCUGACUAUCCCCAUUUUCCGCUCUUUGAGGGCCCCCGACAGGGGUGCUGCUAAUUCUGUGAAAUGGGGUACAAAUCGCCUAUAA